GAUCGCUUCUAUUUAAUGCCUGAUGGAAGAGAAAGUUUUAAUUUAUGUCGAAUAUUGUCUAUAUGUGAACAAAAAAUUAUUAAGGAAAAAAUUAAAAAAAACCUAAUUCUUCUAUUUCUACAUCUAACAGAACUUCGUUACUUCGUCCAAUAUCCACUUCGCUCAAUUAAAGGUUUUGAUGAUCUUCAUCGCCAUUUCAACGUAAGUCCCUCGGAGUGUGCGUCUCUUUGUCUGAGAAAUAAUGAUUGUCAUUCUUUUGAAUAUAAAAGAGAACAUCGAAAAUGUGAUCUUUCAACCAAAACAACGUCAAAUCAAAUGCUGAAUGUGCAAGAGUAUUGGGAUCUGUAUAUACUGCCCUCACCAGUCAGCGAUCUAUUUAAAUACAUUCCUAAACACUCCAUCUACGGAUAUGACGACUUGGGCCGGAUUUUCAAUGCAACUGUCGAAGACUGUGCAAGAGAAUGUCUUAAAAAUCGAUCUUGUAGGUCAUUUGAAUACAAACCACAACAAUCGAAGUGUGAUCUAUCCACAGUGACAAGUAAGGAAAAACCAAUCACCACAAAGGCAGAUUGGGACCAUUACGAAAUAGAUGAGGACGAUAAAAAGAUCGGCAAAGAAGGUUUAUGUGAAGUAGAAUGUGAUCUUACCAGUCAGUCUAACGAAGGGGCUUCCGGACAUAUUGCUUUAAUGCCUGAUGGAACUCCUUGUAACAUAAAUUCCCAAUGGCGCUGUCUACGAGGAAAAUGUGUUGUAAGUAUACUAUAUUCGGGUUUACGAUGCACUGCUAUCAACACAUUCAAAUACCAAUAUUUGGGUUCCUGUUUUAAAACAGUUUGCUUAGGUAUUCAUUCUAUUAUCUCAGAAACUAUUGUUACUAGAAAGUUUAUUUUUGAAAAUAUUUAACUAAAUGAAAGAAAU